GUUGAUUUCUAAACUACCCGCUAAGUAUGAGAAUGGAUUCUGAUUAUGUAUAUCCUAUCCACGUAAAUGAUUAUCGACUUAAUGCUCAUGUAAAAACAGUCAGAAUAAACAGGGCAAUAGCUGACAAGGUCAAAAUGUGGUUCAUGAAUAAUGAAUAGAUUGGCUUGUCGAGAAGCUAGAAUAAACUAUGUUUAGGUUGAACAUGACACGACGUAACACUAUCCACCACAAUAGUAUGACAUACUGAUUAUCGCUCACAAAUACACUGUUGCUUACAUACACACUUCUUGUUCUCAAUUACCUGGUGCUGUGAUAAAAGAACUCUAAUAUAUUCGCAAUCUACGUCUGCAGAUCACAGUAAUAUUCUCAUUAUAUGCUUUGUCUGAAUAUACAUCUCUAACUACAACACAAUUGUGAUUGGAGUUAUCAACUACUAUCAACUUUUAAACCACAAUAAAGUCAAACGCUUCGAUUCCUGACGAUUCAGGCAGGGUUUCAAUUUUCUCUUUGACUAUUAAAGAAGAAAAGCACAGGGCUUUGUGAAGGCCAAAAUACAAGAUCAUGAGAUUUUCGAGAUAUGAAUUCAAAUUCCUCGUUGUUGUAUGGUUAUCUCUAUUGCCAGUUUUGAUGUUUUGUAUAAGAGUUUACUUCAGAAAGAAGACAUUCUCGAAAACGGAAUUAUGCCGUGAAGGUCUGGUCGAUAACGUAUCAGUUACUAGUGAAGGAGUGGAUUGGAUCACAGAUGAGAUUUCUCAUCCUAGAUUAUUUGACCUCAGUGAAAAUGUCUUAAUCAAGGAGGAUCAAAUAAAAAAUGUAGAUCGGAUCGGUAUUUCUCAUGAGACACUUAGACGUCGUGCUUUGAAUUACGUUCAUGAAGCACGAUACACUUUGAACAAUUUACGCAACAUUUUUACCCAAUUAAAAAAAGUUAAUCAAAAGGAAUUGGACACUGAAACAGUUUCAUCAAUACAAGCAUCGUUAGUUCGUUAUCAACAGAAUAUGGAGGAAACUAUUACACACUUGCAAAUUGUACUUAACAAACUAGGUGAAUUAGAUGAAUUUUCACAAAUCAGAAAGAAUGGCUUAAAUAAGCUUUCACAGCGAUUACAGGAGAAAAUUCAAAAACAACAGAAUCCGUCAGAUUGUAAAAAGGCUAAAUAUGUAACAUUAGACUUCACUAAUCUGUGUGGAUUGGGUUGUCGCAUUCAUCAACUCAUAUACUGCUUACAAUUGGCUCUUGAAAAUGAGCGUGUUUUUGUAUUAAAGAAUCAUCAUUCUGGAGACCCAUUUCGAGAAUGGCUUCAUCAGAACAUGUUACCACUUUCUGACAAAUGCAGUUAUUUGGACUCAGAUGGUAGAUCAGAUAACAUCGAAUGUCCUCUGGUUCGAAAGGCUUUCACCGAUCCUAAAUGGUUGCCACAUGCUCUCCCGAUAGGUAUGAAUGAAGAAUUAUUGCGUUUACAUGAGGCACCCUUUGUUUGGUUUGCUGGUCAACUAGCAGCCUACAUUUUGCGUCCAAAGCCACAACUUGCACAAUUGAUCAAUGUAACUUUGAAGAGCUUUGAAACGAGUGGUGAUCCUGUUGUUGGCGUGCAUAUCAGGCGUACCGAUAAGUUAAUUUUGGAGGCUCAGUUUCAUAAAUUAUCUGAGUACAUGGAACACGUGGAUAAUUUCUUUGAUUUACAAAGUGUUCAUCUCUUGACAAUGUCAAAGAGACAUGUUUGUCGUUUAGCCUAUGAGUUAAUGCAAACACGUCAUAUGGAUUUGGGUGAUGCAACACAAUUAUUUCAUUCAAUCGAUAAGUUAUUCCAUGAAGAAGAUUACGAAAGAAUGAAAUUCAAUGUGAUCAUUCCAGAUAUGAAGGUAAAUUUGAAGUAUGGUGAUGUAGUGGAAAUUUCCCAAAUUAACUGGAACGGUUCAGUGUUAGUAAAACUAGUGCAAUCAAGUGAAGAUAUACAUAAUAAAAACCAAAAGGCUAUGAAAAACGACUUAUUCAUUGCACCUGCUUACAAGUUGAGACCAAUAAUAAACAUGACUGGAUUCAACUGA